UUUCCUCCGUUCGUCUUCCCCUCCUCCUGUACUCGAAAAUUUCCCGCAUCCGAAUAGAGGACCUCGCGCUCUCCCCCGCCGCUGCCCCCUCGGCGGAUCUCGAUCCAUUGAUUCCCACUCGCCUCCUCCCUCCACGCCCCGCCCCUGCAGGGCGUUGCUUACUCCGACCUGCUUCGGCGAUCUCCCUGCCUUCGCCGCUUGAUCUGAAGGGGGCGAAUUGGUUGAAAUCUGAGACGGCGAUGGAGAGCUUGGUUGCCGCCGCCGGGAUCUGAAUCUGCUGAGAGCAGUCUUUGGCGGUCUCCGUCGUUCGAUUCUUGAGCCGCCGAUCCGACAGCUGCGAUGGAGCAAGGGAAUCGAUCUGCUUCGACGGCGUCGUCGCCUGAUUUCCCUCAGAAGAAACCCGUCCGCCAGCUGGAUUUUACGGCCGCCAUGUAUCGAGGGGCUACACCUCCGGCAGCUGCCACCGUGGGCCUCGAGCAACCGCCACAGCAGCAGCAGCACCCGCCGCCACUGCCGAUGCCGGUGCCGCCUCAGCUUCCGGUCUCUCUCCCCUCAAUUCCGUUGCCCACUGAGCAAGAGUCCCUGAAGAAACGGCUACGACCAAUGUAUGAAACGAAAGAUGGCACUCCUAGAACGAAGAAUUGCAACUGCAAACAUUCAAGAUGUUUGAAGCUGUAUUGCGAGUGUUUUGCAUCUGGAGUAUACUGUGAUGGUUGCAACUGUACAAACUGCUGUAACAAUGUCGAAAAUGAAGCUGCUAGACAUGAUGCUGUUGAGGCUACGCUAGAACGCAAUCCUAAUGCAUUCAGACCAAAGAUUGGCAGUAGCCCUCAUGCAACUAGGGAUAUUAGGGAUGAGGUAGGAGAGCUUUUGGUAGGAAAGCACAAUAAAGGAUGCCACUGCAAGAAGUCCGGGUGCCUCAAGAAGUACUGCGAGUGCUUCCAAGCCAAUAUUCUCUGUUCUGAUAACUGUAAAUGCAUGGAUUGUAAGAAUUUUGAAGGCAGUGAAGAGAGGAAAGCACUUUUCCACAGUAAUCAUGGAAGCACACUUUAUAUGCAACAGGCUAAUGCAGCCAUAAAAGGGGCUAUUGGUCCCUCUGGGUUCAUCUCUCCAUCAUCCAAGAGGAGGAGACACCAGAGCCUCGUUGUUGGUAAUUCACUGAAGGACCGAUCUAUUCACAGGCUUGCACAACUCCCACAGGCUAAUCACCCGAAGACUUUGAUACCAUCUUCUUCUUCUUUUGCUUCUGAUAUUGUGACCGAUGCUGUAGGUCCUACUCCAGUGGUUCCUGCCAAAGUCACUUACAGGUCUCUUUUAGCAGAUGUAGUCCAGUUGGAGCAUGUUAGAGAUCUCUGCAAGCUUCUGGUGGUUGUAUCUGGACAUGUUGCCAAAACGUUUCAGGACAGAGAAGCUCAAGAGAAGGUAGUCAAGAAGGAUGAUCAAGUCGAAACGUGUCUUGCUUCCCCGAUUCAUGAUGGCGAACUGAGACAAAUAGACCCUAAUAGUCAGUUAGCAUCAGCUGGUGAUGUUUCGAAUGGAAUUUCUGCACACAAAAUGGAUGCAGAAGUGCAUAAAUCUGACUGUGAGGAUGAACAUAAAGCGCAGAGGCCAAUGUCUCCUGGGACACUGGCCCUGAUGUGUGAUGAGCAAGACACAAUGUUUAUGACUUCUCAACAUGCUAGUACUACUCUAACAUAUCGCUGUGACCAGAACAUUUCAGAGGUCUGUGCAGAGCAAGAAAGGUGUGUGUUGAUGGAGUUCCGAGAUUAUCUUCGCAAGAUUGUCACUCACGGAAGAAUGAAAGAAGAGAGAUAUGCCUCCAUGGCUGGUAAAUCCGGAACCUCUGGUUUCCAGAGACUAGCCAUGACCAGUGCUGCUGGAGCUCCAACAGUUGCUGCAGAGCCACCUGAGACUCCAAAACCAGUUAUUGCCAAUUCCAACAACCAUCAACCUGUACGAUGGCCAAUCACAAGCGAUGGAGACACCAAGCCAGUGGUGGUCGAGCAUUCCGAAAUCUAGAGAAAAAAAAAAGGAGAAAACAAAUAGAGGUACAUCGUUCAUUAAAUAACACUGCUGCAUCUCUGUGUAAUAUUCCGACAGCAAAUAGGGAUGCAUGCUGUUGGACGUUUAAUAUGACUACGCCAUCAAUUAUUUGGAUCAGCUGAAUCAAGUUGUUCUUUUCCUUUA